AUGAUGGUUUUAUCGGAAUUUAGACCUUAUAUUACGCUUAUUCGAAGAUUUUACGCCACACCGGCGCGAAUAGGCUCUACACAGCCGUCGAAAAACCCGUCGACCUCGGAUAUGAGCUUCGAGGAAAUCUUCGGCAAGGCCAAACCCACGCAGCAACACAAGAUCAGUGAGGAGGGUUCGUACGACGCGCUCUACCAGGAGUGCAUGUCGGACAUAUAUCGCAGAAGAGCUGAGGCCGAUGGCUACACCGAAGAGACGCGAGACUCGCCAGAAAUCCUGGAAUUCACACGCAAAGAGCGUGAAAUCACUAGGGCGAUAUUCAAGAGGACGAAUCCGUCCCAACACCUGAUGCCCAAGCUCGACCAAAGGGACGACUACAUCGAUCCAUACUGGGACCCGUUCAAACGCCUGGAUGGGCUAAAGUUACAGGUGGCAGCGGAGUUCAACGACCUGGCCAGGCUCAUCAGCGCUGCGGAGGUGCGCAAACAACGGAAAAUGAUAAGAGACGCGGCUGAAACUUUCGACAAGUUCGGGGAUCCCUACGCUAACGAUAAUGAGCCUAAGGAGGCAUCGGAACCGUUAUCUAGCAAUAUGAACGAUCGCUUUUGGGAUCCUGACGUUGAUCGUCGCCUUGUUCUACAGAACAACAGAAGACCCUUCUCGUUCAGAGGUAGGGCCGCUACUAAACGUCGUCAUGAUUCGACAGAUUUGCACGUGCUGCACAACUUCGUCGCAGAAAACGGACAAAUACUGCCGAGAAGAUUGACAUUUGCGACGAGACAACAGCAGAGACAAAUCUUCAAGGCCAUACGAGUGGCGCGCCAAAUGGCGCUGUUUCCAUACGAAUGGAAACCACGAUACCGCGACAGGAUACCACUUAUGGACCCACAACAGGUAGGCGCUGCUGCGGUUUGCAUUAAAAGGCGCGCAGUACCUGGCUGA